AUGUUCAAACAUUAUCUCAAUCAAAUGUUUCAAACUUUAUCUCAAUCAAAUGUUCAAACUUUAUCUCAAUCAAAUGUUCAAACUUUAUCUAAAUCAAAUGUUCAAACAUUAUCUAAAUCAAAUGUUCAAACAUUAUCUAAAUCAAAUGUUCAAACUUUAUCUCAAUCAAAUGUUCAAACUUUAUCUAAAUCAAAUGUUCAAACUUUAUCUCAAUCAAAUGUUCAAACAGUAUCUAAAUCAAAUGUUCAAACAUUAUCUAAAUCAAAUGUUCAAACAUUAUCUAAAUCAAAUGAUCAAACUUUAUCUAAAUCAAAUGUUCAAACAUUAUCUAAAUCAAAUGUUCAAACAUUAUCUAAAUCAAAUGAUCAAACAUUAUCUAAAUCAAAUGUUCAAACAUUAUCUAAAUCAAAUGUUCAAACAUUAUCUAAAUCAAAUGAUCAAACAUUAUCUAAAUCAAAUGUUCAAACAUUAUCUAAAUCAAAUGUUCAAACAUUAUCUAAAUCAAACUUUAUCUUAUAUACUUUUAUUCCAUCAGAUGUCUGUGGUUCCUGCAAUUCCACUAAAACUAAGUGCUUGAUGACGUCACGUGUGUGA